CUCUCUAUCUAUCCCCUCACACACACCCCUCCAAAAAACCCUUCUCCCCCUACUCUCACUCCGAUCUCCUCAUAUCCCCCACUUCCCCCCUUCUCCUUUACCCAUUCCUUCUAACACAGCCAUAGCUCUCUCUCUCUCUCUCUCUCUCUCUAUCUCUACAUUGUCUUGCUCAGGUCUCCAUUGUUGAGGGACAGAGGCUGAGGCAGACACAGUGGGCAUUUGUGUGAGAUAUCAGAUGUCUCAUGUGAGAUGAGGCACAAGAACAGCAACCUCCGUCAUUCCGAUUCCCUGCUCCGGCCUUCCUCCGCCGUCUUCCUCGUCUUCUGCUGCCUCAUUGCGGCUGCCGUGGUUCAAUCCGCUGCCGCCACCGCCGCCAAGAGCUUCCACUCCAUCACGCCACAUGGCGGCCUCACGGACGCGGAGGCCCACUACAUCCGCCACCGCCAGCUCCUCUACUACCGGGACGAGUUCGGCGACCGCGGGGAGAACGUCACCGUAGAUCCGUCCCUCGUCUUCGAGAACCCCCGGAUACGGGCGGCCUACGUGGCCCUCCAGGCUUGGAAGCAGGCCAUCCUCUCCGACCCGUUUAACCUCACCGCCGACUGGGUCGGAUCCAAUGUGUGCAAUUACACCGGGGUUUUCUGCGCUCGCGCGCUCGACAACCCCAAGAUCCGUACCGUCGCCGGCAUCGACCUCAACCACGGCGACAUUGCUGGGUACCUGCCGGAGGAGCUGGGCCUGCUCACUGACCUGGCUUUGUUCCACAUCAACUCGAACCGGUUCUGCGGGACGCUCCCUCAGAAGUUCGGCCGGCUGAAGCUGCUGUUCGAGCUGGAUCUGAGCAACAACCGGUUCGCCGGAAAGUUCCCGCGCUUGGUCCUCGCGCUCCCGUCGCUCAAGUUCCUGGAUCUGAGGUUUAACGAGUUUGAGGGGACGGUCCCGCCGGCGCUCUUCGACAAGGACCUCGACGCCAUCUUCAUCAACGACAACCGGUUCCACUUCGACCUCCCCGACAACUUCGGCAACUCGCCGGUGUCGGUCAUCGUCCUCGCCAACAACAAGUUCCACGGCUGCGUCCCGUCCAGCCUCGCCAACAUGUCCAACCUCAACGAGAUCAUCCUCAUGAACAACGGCUUACGGUCCUGCCUCCCGACGGAGAUCGGCCGCCUCGUCAACGUCACCGUCUUCGACGUCAGCUACAACCAGCUGGUCGGCCCGCUCCCCGAGUCCGUCGGCGGGAUGGUCAGCCUCGAGCAGCUCAAUGUGGGCCACAACUGGCUCUCCGGCAAGAUCCCCGAGAGCAUUUGCCGGCUCCCCAACCUGGAGAACUUCACCUACUCGUACAAUUUCUUCACCGGCGAGCCACCGGUAUGCUUGAGCCUUCCUGCUUUCGAUGAUCGGAGGAACUGUCUUCGCGGGAGGCCGGUGCAGCGGUCGGCGGCCCAAUGUAAGUCCUUCCUGUCUAAGCCCGUGGACUGUAGCUCGUUCAGGUGCAAGCCUUUUGUGCCGACCCUGCCGCCACCACCCCCGCCGUCGCCGCCUAUGCCGGUACCCUCGCCCCCACCUCCGCCGGUAUUUGUGCCGACACCACCUGUUUACACUCCACCAUCGCCACCACCACCCGUGUCCUCUCCUCCUCCGCCUCCACCAGUUUACUCUCCGCCUCCCCCUCCGCCGGUUUACUCUCCACCACCACCUCCACCACCUCCCCCACCGCCGCCACCCCCGCCUCCCCCACCAGUUUAUUUACCUCCUCCACCACCCCCAUCACCUCCACCACCGUCUCCACCUCCGCCUUCCCCACCGCCACCAUCUCCGCCCCCACCAUCUCCACCACCACCUGUCUACUCACCCCCACCACCAUCACCACCACCUCCAUCACCAUCACCAUCGCCGCCUAUUUACUGCCCGAGGCCCCCGCCCCCACCUCCACCCAGCCAAUCUCCACCACCGCCCCCACUGUUCUCUCCGCCACCACCCAUCUACAGCUCACCGCCACCACCACACCACUCACCUCCUCCUCCACACCAUUCGCCGCCGCCUCCACCACAUUCACCCCCACCUCCCCCACAUUCUCCCCCUCCACCAGUUUAUCCAUACCUAUCACCACCUCCGCCGCCGGCCCCUGUCUAUUCUCCCCCGCCGCCCUCACCCCCGCCACCUCCAGCAUGUAUUGAAUACUCCCCUCCACCACCAUCGCCAACACCGCCCCCGCCACCGCCAUCUACACCAUACUUGCCACCACCGUCUCCUUCACCCCCACCUCCAUAUGUGUAUAAUUCACCACCGCCACCUCCUCCAUCACCAUUACCUCCACCACCAUAUGUCUAUAGCUCACCCCCACCCCCAUCACCAUCGCUGCCCCCACCAUAUCAUAAUUCUCCCCCUCCCCCAUCACCAUCACCUCCUCCGCCAGUUGAGUGCCCACCAUCACCACCUCCACCAGUCCACCACCAUUCGCCGCCAUCGCCUUACAUUUACCAGAGCCCGCCUCCUCCGGCGCCGGUAUACGAAGGGCCAUUGCCGCCGAUCCCCGGAGUCUCAUACGCAUCUCCUCCGCCCCCUCCCUACUACUGAUUCUUUUGAGAAUUUUCCUCCUCUAACCUCCCUGUUUGAGUCGAACCAACCCAUCAUACGGCGAUCAAGUCUUCUCUUUCCUCUUAUUUGGGCGACCCUCAUCUUCUGUGGAGAUUCAUCGAAGAGAAGGAAGGAUUCUUGAGCUGGCAUACCAAGGAAUAGGAUACCGUGUGUUUCUUCAACAGAGAAGAGUUGAAAACUAGUACAGAGUGAGUGAGGUAAGAGGAGACAGUCAAUAUUCUCCAUUUUUACUUGAUGAUGAAGAAUUGUUAUGGGAUAAUUUCUGAGUUGUGAAAAUAAAAUUUAUCAGAGGAAAAGCAGAGAUUUAGGGGUUGCAUAAGUAGUUGUAUGUAUAGGUGAUGAAUUUGAACUUCGAAGACCGAAUCAUAAAUCAUAAUCAGGGCUCCUUUCCUUGUACAACAACACAGUCUGCUGCUGUCUUCGGUUGCCGCUGCUGCUGCUGUUCUUGCUGGGGGGGAAAGAUUAUUGUUAUUAUCCUCAUUUAUAUCAUACUUUCGUUUCAUUUUUUUCCUUGUUUUUUUUUUUUGUUUUUUGUUUUGGAUUUAUAGCUUUUAAUUUAAUAUUGGAACAUUUUACUUGUAUUUGAUUUGCACAAGUCAGAUAAUUUCUUCCACCAUUAGUUCA